AUCUCUCAUAGGUUGAACCUACAUUACCUAUCGUCCAAUGUCACUCUAAUCUCUGAUCACUCACCUUCCUCAUGCAGUGUAGAUAUGCGGUGUUCAAGCAUGUCGCACGGCUCAUGAUGCUAUGAUCGUCCGUUUGUAACAGUGGCGUCAAACUGUGCUCUUGCCUUCUUCAUUUGGAAAGCUUAUUUCCCUUAGUAUGCGACAGGCGUAAACAGGUCCCAGUAUAAACUCUCAUUUCGUCCCCUUCUUUGUUCGUUGUCGCUAUUAUCUUCCUUAGCGUCGCAUCAAUAUCAUUCGCUAUGAGGUACGCUUUGUUUGCGGGCCUACUGGCCUUUGCCACAGUUGAUUGCAGGUCGACGUCUCAUGUCGAUGUCGAGAACCUGCGCCGAGUACCUGAGGGUUGGAGUGAGGUUGGUGCUCCGGCACAGGACCGCAAGUUGCAUUUCCGUAUUGCUGUUCGCUCGCCGGACCAAGAUUUAUUUGAGAGGACACUCUUGGAGAUCUCAACCCCUAGCCACCCGCGCUAUGGCCAACACUUGAAGCGUAACGAGCUCAAGGAUCUUAUCAAACCACGAGCGGAGUCUACCGACGCCGUACUCGGAUGGUUGGCACAAUCCGGUAUCGACGCUCGAGACAUCGAGAACGAUGGAGAGUGGAUUAAUUUCCACGCACCAGUUGAGAGAGCUGAAUCAAUGAUGGGCACGACAUUCAAGACGUAUCAAAGCGAAGUGCGUCCGGGUCUCAAAAGAAUACGUUCUUUGAGCUACGCAGUGCCCAUGGAGAUACGCGAUCACAUCGAAAUGAUACAGCCAACUACUCGCUUUGGCCAAAUCAAAGCCGCGUACAGCCAAGUCCUAUCCCACGAGGCAGUGCCUUUCUCCAUCUCUGCAGUCAACGCUACCUGCAAUUCGACCAUUACGCCAACAUGUCUUGCAGAGCUGUACAACUUCGCCGAUUACAAAGUCAGCCCCAAGGGUAAAGUGACCUUGGGUGUGAAUGGUUUCCUAGAGGAAUACGCCCGCUUUGCCGACUUCGCUCAAUUCGCAAAGUUGUAUGCACCUCAGGCUGUCAACAGCACAUUCUCUUGGACCUCUGUCAAUGGGGGUGUUCUUGACCAGAACUCUACGAGCGACAGCGUGGAGGCCAAUCUCGACAUCCAGUACACGGCAGGUAUUGUAGCACCAAUCAUCAAAACCAACUACUUCAGUACUCCCGGUCGCGGCGAACUGGUCCCAGAUCUUGACCAACCCGACCAGAGUGAGAACGGAAACGAACCCUAUUUGGAUCUCUUUACAUAUCUGCUUGGGUUGCCAGAUGCAGAGCUUCCACAAGUGCUUACCACGUCCUACGGCGAGGAUGAACAAAGCGUCCCGCCUACAUACGCCAAGUCCGUUUGCAACCUGAUCGGUCAACUCGGUGCUCGCGGAGUAUCUGUAAUCUUCAGCAGCGGCGACACCGGCGUAGGAUCAGCCUGCCAAACCAACGAUCAAAAUAAAACCACGCGAUUUCUCCCAAUCUUCCCCGCCGCAUGCCCAUACGUUACAUCAGUCGGCGGCACCACGUAUAUCUCGCCCGAACGAGCGGUUGGUUUCUCCUCGGGAGGCUUCUCAGAUCUCUGGCCGCGCCCGGCGUAUCAAGAUAAGGCUGUGCGCAAGUACCUCAAGAAGCUCGGCAGUCAGUGGGAGGGACUUUAUAAUCCUGCCGGUCGCGGCUUCCCCGACGUUGCUGCGCAGGGUCAGCGCUUCCGUGUAAUUGACAAGGGUAGUCUGAGAUCAGUGGCUGGUACCAGUGCCUCAGCGCCAGUUUUCGCUUCUGUGGUUGCAUUGCUGAACAAUGCUCGCCUUGCUGCAGGCAAGCCGGCACUAGGUUUCCUCAACCCGUGGAUUUAUGAGCAUGGUUAUAAAGGAUUGAACGAUAUCGUUGAUGGUGGCUCGUCGGGCUGCACGGGCAGGGACAUUUACUCUGGAUUACCAGCGCCCUUUGUGCCGUACGCUUCGUGGAAUGCUACCAAGGGGUGGGAUCCUGUUACUGGGUAUGGCACACCAAAUUUCGAGGAGCUGCUCAAGAUCUCGCAAGGUGGUGGUUAUGCUGGGCGACGUGGCUUGGACGGCAAGUUUUAAUCUGUGGUGGAUGUUUAUAACAUAGUCUUAUCUACCUCUUGCUCGGUUGACAACUACGUGCGAAAAAUCCGU